UUAGUUGACGCGCAUGUAGUUAUAGUAAGAAGGACUCGAAACAGUUACACACAGUUAGUUUUCCCUGCUAAAGCAUGAUGAAGUUGGCCGUGCUUGCCUUGUGCUUGGUAUUAAGACUGAAGAAUGCCGAAGCGUGGCCGGGGUCGUGCGGAUGGCGGCCAUCAUCGUCCAAACGGAUAGUAGGCGGACAAGACGCUGGGAGGUGGCCAUGGCAAGCGGAGAUCCUAAAAAUGGCAAAAGAUGGCAAAUCAUUCGAGCACAAAUGCGGUGGUACGCUGAUUAAUCGACAGUGGGUGCUUACCUCCGCGAGCUGCCUCUUUGAGCAGCCGUUUGCCUCGCAAUAUUUGGUCAAGUUGGGAGUUAGUGAUCGGAGCAAGGAAAGACGCGGCGUACAGUCCAUCCAAGUGAGCGCUGUACGCCUACAUCGUGGAUUCUUGACUAAAGAUGGCUGGGGGAAUGACAUCGCCCUCAUACAGUUAAAGAAAAGAGUCAGGCGUUCUCGCCUUGUUCGCCCGAUCUGCUUACCUCGCGUAGGACAAGAGGUGGAGAUUGGCACAAAAUGCUACAUGACUGGUUGGGGAAAGCGGAAUCACGGUGACGCGGACAUGUCAAAAAAGCUCCAGGAAGCCGUUAUGCCUGUGGUGGCUUUUACCGAGUGCGACCUGAGAAACAGUCAUAAACAGAAUGUUGGCUGGAAAUCGAUGUUAUGCGCGGGGUAUAACGAUAACAAAACACAGACCAGCGGUUGCAUAGGUGAUAGUGGCGGUCCCCUGAUGUGCAAAGCUGGGGAUCGUUGGUCAAAGUGGGUUCUGCAUGGCGUCACUAGCUGGGGCGACUCCACUUGCGAUGGAAGAGCGGCUUACUCCGUGUUUACCAAAGUGAGCAACUUCGUGCAAUGGAUCUACCGUACCAUGGCUGCUGAUCCAAAGCCUCCAAAACCAGGUUGCGGUGACAACCAUUGGUACUGUAAUGAAUGGGAGACCAAGGGACUCUGCACCAACGCUUAUUUUGUGAACUCCCUCAAGAUCUACUGUCGUAAGACGUGCAGUCACUGUAAAUGAGAUCCCUGACUUUGCGUUUAGAUUGCUGUUUUGGAUGGAAAAACUAAAAAAAGUGUUAACAGAAAUGGAUAAUAAAAUGAGAUCAAUUUA